CAGUUCCUACUCGUACGGCUAUAGUCCUGGAUAGCCAACCCACUCUCUCUAGCUAGUUGCUGCAGACUCCUCUCUGCCUGUCGUAGUUGAGUAAACUACAUAGACAUUAGCGGGCGCACAGAAUGCAGCACAGCCGAACACGAGUGGAUUAAAACCCCAUGCUUCUUUAGAGUCAGUCAGUCGACCGUGUAACUAGAGGAAUAAACCCCCAAUACUUUAACACAUUAGUUUACGCUAAUUUACUGAAACGUUAAGCCAGGUAGCGGUAACCCAGUAUUGCAUUGUGUAAUAAAGAGAGAUCGGCUGGAAUGGCUUCAUCUCCUUGCAGCAGUGUUAACUUUGAUUCCGGACUGGAAAUCAAAACUCGGUCGGUGGAACAAACACUUAUCCCAUUGGUCUCGCAGAUCACCACCCUGAUCAAUCACAAAGACAAACCAAAGAAGUCGGAGCGGACGCAGCAGGCCAUCCAGAGGGUGGGCCAGGCUGUUAGUGUUGCUGUGGGGCGCUUCGUUGCCGUGGGCGAGGCCAUUGCCAUGGAGAACGAGGAGCUGAAGGAGGAGAUGGGCAUGGCCUGCUUCGAGGCCCGCAGAGCAGGGGAUGCCAUAGCCCAGCUGACAGACGUUGGGACUGCGGUGACGCCCCCUGUGGACAGACGCACAACAGUGUUCAGUGACCGGACAGGCAUGGUGAAGGCCGCCCGCAUGCUCCUCUCCUCCGUCACCAAAGUCCUGGUCCUCGCAGACCGCAUCGUCAUCAAACAGAUCAUCACCUCACGCAACAAAGUGCUAGUAACCUUGGAGCAGCUGGAGAGAGUGAGCACCUUCCAGGAGUUUGUCCAGAUCUUCAGCCAGUUCGGGAACCAGAUGGUGGAGUUCGCCCACCUGACCGGGGACAGACAGAAUGAUCUGAAGGACGAGAAUAAGAAGGCCAGGAUGGCAGCAGCCAGAGCAGUGCUGGAGAAAUGCACCAUGAUGCUGCUCACUGCAUCCAAGACGUGUCUCAGACACCCUGACUGCGAGUCAGCACGUAUCAACAAAGACGCCGUGUUUCACCGCAUGCGUUUCGCCCUGGAGCAGGUCAUGGAGAUCGUGACGGACGCUCGGCCCUGCGGGGAGACCAAGGUCCUUCCCCUCAGCAUUUACACCGGCAUCAAGGACUUCAAGUCCAACGUGGAAGGUCUGCGUGAGGGUCUGUACUUGCUGCCCCACCAGGCUCUGUCUGGCCAGCUGGAGGCGGUGGUGGAGAGGACGGAGGACUUCACUGACUCGGCCUACACCAGCCACGAGCACCGAGAGGGCAUCCUGCAGCUCUGCCAGCUCGCCCGCCAGGACACUGACCAGCUCAUCACAGCCUGGAUGGAGGCGAAGCAGUCUCUAAAUGCUAAAGAGGCCACGGAGGAGAUGGAGCUGUCUAUACUGAAGACCUGCCAAAGUGUCUACGAACUCCGCAGAGAGCUUCAUAAGGUGGCAGUGGGGCGGGCGGCGGACCUGCUGAAGCUGCAUGCAGAACACCUGCCUCUGCGGGCCCUGAAGGCCUCGGGGGGCGAGGGCAACCUGGAGGCUGUGGCAGAGUAUGCCCGGACGCUUGGCGAGCAGAAAGAACAGCUGGUGGAGACUUGUCGUCUACUGUGUCACGUCUCUGGGACAGAGCCUCUGGAGAUCACAUGUAUACACGCUGAGGAGACCUUCCACGUCAUCGGCCCCCAGAUCAUCUCUGCAGCCCAGACGCUGGCCCUGCACCCAUCCAGUAAGAUUGCCAAGGAGAACCUGGAUGUGUUCUGUGAGGCCUGGGAGUCCCAGCUCUGCGACAUGGCCGUGCUGCUAAGGGAGAUCAACGACGUGUUCGAGGGCCGCCGAGGUGGGACUGCCAGUGGUGAUAAGAGAGCCUACGUGUCGCUUCCCAGACCAGGGAAACAUUCAGCCAACCUGAAGACGGUGAAGGCAGUCAAGCUAGAUGCGGAGGAGCAGAGCACCAUAGCCAAGCUGGGUUUAGAGCUGCGUCUGCUGACUUCAGACGUGGACACAGAGGUGGAGAAGUGGGAGGACCAGGAGCAUGACAUCGUUCGCCAGGGCCAGAGCUUGUCCAGCAUGGCCUACUCCAUGCACCUCUUCACCAGGGGGGAGGGCCUACUGAAGACAACCACGGAUCUUUUCCAUCAGGCUGAGGUGCUUUCUGAGGAGGGACUCCAGCUGUGUUCUUCACUACACACUUUCUCCACCCAGCUGAUGGAUGAAGAGAAGGUGGUAGUGCUGUCGGAGAUGGAGAAGCUUAUGGGCUUAUGUCAGCAGCUGCAGAUGGGGGUGAGGACGCCAGUACAGGGCAAGACUGCCACCUUCCAGAAGGUGGAUUCCUCCAUUCAGAACACUAGAGCCAUCAUUACUGUGGUGAUCUACCUCCUGCCAGUCUGUAACAAGAUUGUCAGAAAGUAUAAGUCAGAGAGAAGCAAUCUGGGUUCUCCACAAAGCUGGAGGGAGAGGCAGUCGUCCACGCCCGUCAAAGACGACGUGCUCAACGGCAAGAACAGCAACGGCUUCGGGGUCAAAUCCCUGGAGCAGCAUAUGGCCAACCUCACCUUCCUGGAGAGCAAGUAGUCCAGUCCAGCGACCUUUGAUCCCUAACCUGUAUCACCUAUCAGAGUUGGAGCAUACCAUUGUCGACCUCCAGGGGGCGACAUACAUGAAACCUCACUCAUGCAGACAUAAUGGCAGUGCACCCACCCCACUCACACGUGCCUCUGUCAGUGUAAUCAGCCCAUUCGCUUUGUGGUGUAACUGUUACCUGUAGCACAUCUCAGACAAAUACAGCAGAUGUAUGAACAAAUAUUAAAAAAAUAUGUUGUAAUGAAAUCCAUCGCCAGUGCAUGAUGCCAUCACCUGACAGGUCUUUUAAUCUUCUUUUAUCAAUCCCUGUGAUUUGGGCUGUUAAACCAGCUUUCUGAUUGCCUGGUCCCAGAUCAGUUUUGGCUGUCUUAUCAACUCCUAUGGCCAUUGUCGUGAGGAGUUGGCAGGACAGCCCAAACAGAUCUGGUAGCAGACCAGCUUUCUGCUGUUUCUCUCACUGUUGUACGCCAACCAAAUCCCAUCAUGGUUUAGUAAUUAUUGAGUGAAAUCAAUGCUCUCACUUUGAUGCCAAAUAAGAGACUAAAUGGAUAGUUUAAUCAGGGUAUUAUGACACUUGGCUUGCUAAUAGACUGAAACAUAAGGCUCUUAUUAUUGCUCCAUUUCAGCAGAGGCGGAGACAAUUUUAUCCAAUUGACUUUCUACUGUCUUUGGAGUAUUGAGUCAUAUUCAGUGUUUGUGGUAUACUGUUUUAUCCAUUUUUCAGAAGACAUCUAAAAGAUUGCUGGCCUAGCGCAUGAGUCAAAUCAACUGUGGUUUUGUAGCUGUUCCUUAUGAAGUGUACUUGUAAUUAAGUGUACUUGUAAUUAAGUGUAUGUCCCAAAUGGCACCCUAUUGAGUGCACUACUUUUGACCAGCGCCCAUAGGUCUCUGGUCAAAAGUAGUGCACCUGGUUUCGCAAAAUAUUUUGGCCCGCGACCCCAUUUUGGUCAGAAUUUUGAAAAAAAUUAUGUAAUCAAUGUCUGUUUACUUUUUUAAUUGGGGCAAUGACAGUAUUACAAAUCAGUCUGACACUACUUCUGACAGUAUUUAAAUCUAAAGUAUGGUUUGAAUUGACUGAAAUGCAUCAGAAAAGUAUUGGGAAGUUCAGAAGAUUAUCAGGCAAUCAUUAUGUAAGAUCUGUGUAGAAGUACAUCAUGUUAUUUUUCCCCCGGUCUGAUUUAGUCCCUGUUCUAAUUAAUCCUGUGUGGCUUGUGGGCAUUGUAGGUGUUCCUGAGUCUUAUCUUCCAGUGAUGGGGUCAUAAUAUUUUGUAGCUUAAACGGUUCAAAAGACUGAGCCACAUUUGUAGGAAGAAAACAGAAACCUUAUAACUGCAUCUAGUGGCUACUGGAGGUUACUGAUGUGACCCCUGUUCUAUGAACCAAGCACAAUUUCAUAUUUUUUUUCAGUUUCUCUCGUGACCCCUAGUUUGGAAAAGGGUGUCAUUUGGGACGCAGGCUAAGACUGCCUUGUGGGCUAUUGUGUAUUACAGUGUAUUAUUAUGGUACUUGAAGCAGAUAUAUACAGGUAACUGCCAAAAAUAAAGGAAACACUUGAGUAAAUGACAGAUACAAAGUAUAUUGAAAGCAGGUGCUUCCACACAGGUGUGGUUCCUGAGUUAAUUAAGUAAUUAACAUCCCAUCAUGCUUAGGGUCAUGUAUAAAAACAUCCAGUUGCCCAGUAUUUUGGCUACCAUGGCUAGAAGAGAUCUGUGACUUUGAAAGAGGGGUCUCAAGGAGCACAGGGGCGUGUGUCUCAUUCACCAGAUCUCAACCCAAUUGAACACUUAUGGGAGAUUUUGGAGCGACGCCAUCAACAAAACACAAAAUGAUGGAAUUUCUAGUGGAAGAAUGGUGUCGCAUCCCUCCAAUAGAGUUCCAGACACUUGUAGAACCUAUGCCAAGGUGAAUUGAAGCUGUUCUGGCGGCUCAUGGUGGCCCAUUAAGACACUAUGUUGGCGUUUCCUUUACUUUGGCAGUUACCUGUAGCUAUAGCCACUGAGGUGACAAUUCUGGUACUACUAAACCUGAAUGAUUAGUGUGAAGACUGCAUAACCAUAUAAAGCUUUAGAGUUGAUUGUGUAUGGCUGUAGCUAAUAUCUUCUGUUGAGUAAAGAAACCACAGAUGUGCAGAAACAGAUGUACUUUUGGACCAUCUAUCCUUUUGACAGUUGAAUGAUUGAUAAACAGAACACAAAUCUAAAUAAACAUUAUUUUUCUUAAAA